ACUUCGUGACUCCUAAAUUUCCUCACGUAUAUCAAUUUCAUUUCCAUUACGAACAUUCAUACGAAGUCUCAAUUGCGAAGAGAGUACCCUCUCAUCACUCAUCCCAGCCCAGAGAAACCAGACGUUCCUGCUAUGCCUGCGUGGACGCGUCUGAUACGCUUCGUUGACGAAGACGACAUCGAACGCUACGGCGAGCCCAUUGUUAACUCCGGCGAUGAAGUCAUCCCGCUGUACGAAGCCGGUAGGCUUGAAGCUACGGUUUUGAGUGGAACUACAUUCAGCGAAAGUGGUCUCACACCGGAGAAAGGCGUCACGAAGUUUGUCAAAGAACUGCUUAGUCCACUCACGCCGAAGGAUGUACCAAUUGUUAGAUGCGUCGGUUUGAAUUAUAUGAAGCACAUCAAGGAGGGUGGUCGAACGGCGCCUCCAUAUCCUUCAAUUUUCAUAAAAGGAUCACCGUCUAUUGCGCAGUGGAACGAGACUAUCCCAAUACCGCCAGUGGCGCACACUGAUAGCACAGAUUAUGAAGGUGAACUUUGUUUUGUUGUUGGUCGCACGGCAAAAGAUAUUCCUAGAGAAGACGCACUGUCAUAUAUCGCCGGCUAUCUCGUGGGGAACGACAUUUCAAACCGUGCAUGGCAACGCGAUCCUGCCUACGCCGGCAGCGUACCCCAAUGGGGUUUCAGCAAAGGCUUUGAUAAGUACGCGCCGCUCGGACCGGUAAUCGUGUCACCCUCGAUUCUCAAGUCUGCGGAUGACCUGCGAUUGCAGACCUUUGUGAACGGUGAGCUACGGCAAGACACAGGGACGGACGAUAUGUUAUUCGACGUGACGACUAUCCUCAGCUUCAUCAGUCAAGGUACGACAAUCGAAGCUGGGACUGUGGUAAUGACGGGAACUCCUUCGGGCGUUGGAUUUGGUUUCAAGCCUGAGCCGAAAUACCUGACCCAUGAGGACGAGGUAGAAGUGAGGAUCACUGGUCUUGGAAGUGUGAGGAACAAGAUACGGUUUGAAGUAUACGGGUUUUUCUUUGUCUGA